AUGCUCGACCUCAAUGACUUCAUCGCCGAGCGCGGCGGUAACCCGAACAAGAUCAAGGAAAGCCAGCGCAAGCGCUUCGCUCCCGAGGAAGCUGUCGAUGAAGUGAUCGCGUUGUACGAGGAGGCUCGGAGAGCUCGUUAUGAGGUGACCCAGUUUGGCUCGCAGCUGAACCCGCUGCUCAAGCAAAUUGGAAUGAAGAAGAAGAACAAGGAGGAUGCGAGCGAACUGAUGGCGCAGAAGGAAGAAUUGGAGAAGCAGAAGAAGGCCGCUGAAGAAGCUGCUGCCCAGAAGGAAUUGGAGCGUGACCGCAAGAUUCGCACUAUCGGAAACUACGUUCACGACUCCGUGCCCGUUAGCAACAACGAGGAUAACAACGAGGUUAUCAAGACCUGGACCCCUACCGAUGCUGUCAUGGAACGCCCCAACUGCCUUUCUCACCACGAGGUUCUGACUCGCCUUGAUGGAUAUGACCCGGAGCGUGGUGUCAAGAUCGUCGGCCACCGAGGAUACUGCUUGACUGGAUAUGGCUUGUUCCUUAACCUCGCCCUCGUGAACUACGGCCUGGAGUUCCUCUUCAACAAGGGAUACACCCCCAACCAACCCCCUCAGUUCAUGCUGAAGGACCUCAUGGCCAAGACGGCCCAGCUUGAGCAAUUCGACGAGGAGUUGUACAAGGUCACAGAGAGCGAUGACAAGUCUACGGACAAGUACCUCAUUGCUACUUCAGAGCAGCCCUUGUCCGCGCUGCACGACAGCGAGUGGCUGCAGGAGAAGGACCUCCCCAUUAAGUAUGCCGGAUACAGCACAUGCUACCGAAAGGAAGCUGGUGCCCACGGAAAGGAUGCCUGGGGUAUCUUCCGUGUUCACCAAUUCGAGAAGAUCGAGCAGUUUGUCCUCACCAAGCCGGAGGAUUCUUGGCAAGCCUUUGAGGACAUGAUGGCCACUUCCGAGGAGUUCUACCAGUCCCUGAAGCUCCCCUACCACGUCGUGGCUAUCGUUUCCGGUGCCUUGAACAACGCCGCUUCCAAGAAGUACGACUUGGAGGCUUGGUUCCCAUUCCAGCAGGAGUACAAGGAGCUCGUGUCGUGCUCCAACUGCCUUGACUACCAGUCUCGUGCCCUGGAGAUCCGUUUCGGUGUCAAGAAGGCGACCGACUUGAAGAAGACCUACGUGCACGCCCUGAACGCUACCCUGUGUGCCACCGAGCGCACUCUGUGCUGUAUUCUGGAGAACUACCAGAGAGAAGACGGUAUCGAGGUCCCCGAGGUUCUGCGCAAGUACAUCCCCGGUGCGCCAGAGUUCCUUCCUUACGUCAAGGAGCUUCCCAAGAGCUCCACUUCGCAGCAAAAGGCCAAGAAGCAGUCCAACAAGCCCGCAGCCGGCGCUGAGGAUGCUGUUAAGAAGAUGCAGGACCUGAAGGUCUAA